GGAAUCCCGGGCGCCCGAGGCAGCCUCGCCUCCUCUUCCUUCCCCACCUCCUUCUCCUCCUCCUCCUCCUCCGGAGCGGGGCGCGUGAUGGCGGCAGCCGCUGUAACGGAGGCGAGCAGCGCCGGCAGCAGCAGCACCGAUACCUCCAGCACGGGCGAGGAGGAGAGGAUGAGGCGGCUCUUGCAGACCUGCGACGGCGAUGGGGAUGGCUUCGUCAGCAGAUGGAUGGAGGUCUGCUUGGACGAAGAGCUGCCCCAACUACGGAACUGGAAGAAGGCUUAAGAAAUGGUGCUUACCUUGCCAAGCUUGCGAAAUUCUUUGCACCUAAUGUGGUGUCAGACAAAAAGAUCUAUGAUGCGGAGCAGUCACACUACAAGAGAUCUGGCCUUCAUUUUCGGCACACUGACAACACUGUGCAGUGGUUAAGAGCAAUGGAGUCCAUUGGUCUGCCUAAGAUCUUUUAUCCAGAGACUACGGAUGUUGAUAGGAAAAACAUCCCUCGGAUGAUAUACUGCAUUCACGCUCUAAGUUUAUAUCUCUUCAAACUAGGAUUAGCUCCACAGAUCCAGGACCUCCUGGGAAAAGUAGACUUCACAGAGGAAGAAAUCAGCAACAUGCGAAAGGAGCUAGAGAAAUAUGGUAUACAGAUGCCAUCUUUUAGAAAAAUUGGUGGCAUUCUGGCCAGUGAAUUAUCAGUGGAUGAAGCUGCUUUGCAUGCAGCUGUAAUAGCAAUCAACGAAGCUGUUGAGAAGGGAAUAGCUGAGCAAACCAUUGCGACUCUGAGGAACCCAAAUGCAAUGUUGCUCAACGUGGAUGAGGAACUGGCGCAGGACUAUCAGAAUGAGCUCUUUGACGCUAAAAGGAAGAAAGAAUCAAAUGCAAGACUCAAGGCAGUGGUGUUUCAUUUGUACUCCUAGUACAUGUGUUCCUUCAUGUUUCUUCUUAUGCUGUAGUAUUAUUGUUUCAAAAAUUAACCUAAUUUUUAAAAUUAG